UAUGGCAGCCCGAUGCACAGCGGCCCGGAAGUCAGUAUAGUACUUCCGCCUCCACAACACUUCCGGGUUGGAAGCCGAGGACGACGUUAUCGCGGGGAACAUGAUGGAAGGGGACGCAAGCAAAUUUAAAACCCACACUGCAGUUUUUUACAAGAAAAAGAAAUGGUCCUCUGUGUCUGAAGAAAGACCCCAGAAACAGUCCCAGGAGGACUUGGAAGAUGAGCAGCCUCGAGUGUCCAAGCUAGCAAAGAGGUGGAAGGAGUCCCAGAUGCCAGCGCAGGAGAGCUUGGAGUGUGAGCAGCCUCAGGUGUCCAGCCCAGGGAAAAGGAGGAAAGAGUCCCAGAUGCCAGCCCAGGAGAGCUUGGAGUGUGAGCAGCCUCAGAAAUCUAAGAGGAAGAAGAAGAGGAAGGAGUCCCAGAUGCCAGCGCAGGAGAGCUUGGAGAGUGAGCAGCCUCAGGUGUCCAGCCCAGGGAAAAGGAGGAAAGAGUCCCAGAUGCCAGCCCAGGAGAUCUUGGAGAGUGAGCAACCUCAGAGAUCCAAGAGAAAGAAGAAGAGGAAGGAGUCCCCGAUGCCAGUGCAGGAGAGCUUGGAGUGUGAGCAGCCUCAGAGGUCCAAGAGGAAGAAGAAGAGGAAGGAGUCUCAGAUGCCAGCCCAGGAGAGCUUGGAGAGUGAGCAGCCUCAGGUGUCCAGCCCAGGGAAAAGGAGGAAAGAGUCCCAGAUGCCAGCGCAGGAGAGCUUGGAGAGUGAGCAGCCUCAGAGGUCCAAGAGGAAGAAGAAGAGGAAGGAGAAGAAGGAGUCCCAGCAACUUACUUCUUCCCUUCUGAAAAAUUCAGAAACUUUGCAUAAAACCAAAAAGACCACUUCUACCUACAAAAAGAAAAAGAGUAGUGCUUGGGAGGUGGAUGUGGAAACAGGGAUCAUCCUUGUAAAUAAAGAAAACAUGGAGAACCUGCUGGAGAAUUCUAGAAAAGAUGUGGAUAUUGUUUAUAUUGAUGUGAACAAGGGACAAAAGUCAGCAAAAGCGGAUAGAGCAGAAGAGCUGCCCACUGCUAAGUCCCAGAAACAUGACUGUCAAGAGCGGCACAGUGAUGCUAGGAGCAAAAAGAACCAAAAGCGUGCACAGAAAGUUGCAUCCUGGGAUUCUGUACAGGGAAGCCAGCCUGAGAGCAUCACCUUACCCCAGUCAGAGACCUUGUCUUCUGUGGAGUUAGAAGGCAAACAUACAGAACUAGCUGUGCGUCCUAAAAAGAAGUCCAAGAAAAAAGUGUUGAGGAACCAGGAAUUGGCCACCCCUGAGAGUCUUGAUAGCACACACCCUGGAGGAGAGGUUGGGACUCAGGAAGAAGAUGAGAGGGUCGAAGAAUCCCACAGUAUCAGGAAAAAGUCAAAGAAAAAGAAAUGUGCAUCAGUUGCUCUUGCCAGCUCUAGUGACAAUGCCUCAGUGACUGACAACAGUGCUAGGAAUGCCCUCGUGGAUUUGCCAGGAGGCGGUGACACUUUGAGGGAAGAGGAUGAGGACCACAGGCCAAGGAAUGCAGGAAGCCAGGCUUGUUCUAGCAGGAAGCACAGAGAAGGAAUGCAGGGGUUAGGACCUACCCAUGAAGAAGAAGAAAGCAAUUUGGAAUCAGCCAGCAAUUCUGCAACAAGAUACGUAUCUGAAGACAGGGAAGAUUGUGAUGAUUCUGAAGUGGAUUUGGGCUCUGCUGUGAGGCAGCUCCAAGAGUUCAUUCCUCACAUACAGGAAAGGGCGCCCGGCACCAUCAAACGCAUGUAUCGGGAUGACCUGGGGCGUUUCAAAGAAUUUAAGGCACAAGGUGUUGCUAUUAGAUUUGGCAAAUUUUCUGUGAAAGAAAAUAAGCAAAUAGAGAAAAAUGUGCAAGAAUUUCUGUCCCUGACUGGAAUUGAGAGUGCAGACAAGCUGCUGUACACCGACAGAUAUCCAGAGGAAAAGUCUCUGAUCACCAACUUAAAACGAAAGCAUGCGUUCAGACUGCACAUUGGGAAAGGCAUCGCUCGGCCCUGGAAGCUUGUGUACUAUCGGGCAAAGAAGAUAUUUGAUGUGAAUAAUUACAAAGGCAGGUACAAUGAAGAAGACACUAAGAAGCUGAAGACAUACCAUUCCCUCCAUGGAAAUGACUGGAAAAAGAUUGGGGCCAUGGUGUCUCGAAGCAGUCUCUCAGUCGCCCUGAAGUUCUCUCAGAUCGGAGGUGACAGAAACCACGGUGCCUGGAGUAAGACGGAAACUCAGAGACUAAUCAAGGCUGUGGAAGACGUGAUCCUAAAGAAAAUGUCUCCCCAGGAGUUGAGAGAACUAGACUCUAGACUCCAGGAAGACCCUGAAGGUCGCAUGUCAAUUGUCCGGGAAAAACUCUACAAGGGCAUAUCAUGGGUGGAAGUGGAGGCCAGAGUGGAGACCAGAAACUGGAUGCAGUGCAAAAGUAAGUGGACAGAGAUUCUGACCAAAAGGAUGACCCAUGGGGGCUUCGUAUAUCGUGGCGUCAACGCUCUGCAGGCCAAAAUCACCCUUAUUGAAAGGUUAUAUGAACUAAAUGUGAAUGAUGCCAAUGAAAUAGAUUGGGAAGAUCUUGCUAGUGCCAUAGGGAAUGUCCCUCCACCUUUUGUUCAGGCAAAAUUUUAUAAGCUGAAAGCCGCCUGUGUUCCCUUUUGGCAGAAAAAGACUUUUCCAGAGAUCAUCAACUACUUAUAUGAGACCAGUCUGCCGUUGCUGAAAGAAAAGUUAAACAAGAAGAUGGAGAAAAAGGACAACCAGAUCCAGACACCCUCAGCUCCCAAGCAAGACUUCCUGUUCAAAGACAUCUUCCAUUGCCAUGAGGACAGCGAUGAGGAGGGCUUAGAGGAGCCCAGUGCCUCUGACAUGCAGUGACAAGCUCCUUCCUCUUCCUCACACCGGUCUCUGUUCCCUUGGACCUCUUGCUGUGCAUCUCCUCUGCUGG